AUGUCGUACCUCCUCUACUCCGUCUGCGUCUCCCUCGUCGUCGUCGCAACAGCCCUCUUCCUCACGCGCUCCUGCUGGCUCCGCCGCCUGCACGAGCUCCGCCUCCCGGGCUCCGACUACCUCUACGCCCGCCUGCCCUCGUCCUUUGCCGGCGACAUCGAGGCCGGCCUGUCGAGCAGCACCUUUGACCUGACGGGCAACGUCGACGGCGGCGACGCCCGCGCGGGGCUCGACGACGCCGCAAAGGCCGAGGUCCUCCGCAUCAUGAAGAAGAGGCGCCUGCCCUUUGACCAGGCCCGCAAGGUGUACAUGGAGAACCGCUUCAAGGCCAACGGCAUCGGGCCCGACGGCCGGCCGAGGGAUCCCAAGUUUGUGAGCUUCUCAUGA